AUGGCGCCGCUCAAGGACCGCAUCUCCUCCCCCCUCGAGGCCGGCCCGUCCGUUCUCGACGCCCACCACAUCGCGCCUCAUCUCGUCCCCGUGCUCGAGUACACCUCCAGCAAACUGGCGAAGAAGGCCGUCCACCUGACUCUCAUCAUCGUCAAGAGAGACUACCAGCUGCUCAACUCGGUUCCCUCGCCAAUCCCCCACUCGAUGCCUGGCACCCCAGACUCGCCUCUGCCCACCGGUGGCAGCAGCUCCAGCAGCAGCAGCAGGCUCGGAUUCUCCAGCCCCGUCGUAGCUCUGAAGCAUCUCAUGCGAUCCGCUUCGCAACAUGUUGUUGGCUCGAGUCCUAGGAGCGCUGUGCCGCCCAUUUCGUAUCCUAUUCCCAUCACCGAGCCAUCGCCGAGUCCUCGGUUCCGGUGGCCGCUCUCCCCCACCACGCCCUUGUCGCCACCUCCGAUGACGCCGUCCACGACAUCGUCAUUGACGACUACCGAUAGCAAUGGGCCGCCGACACCCAAUUGCACUGGCCUCCGCUGCUUCCAUUCGGGCGAUGUAUCGCCGCGGACAGAAAAGAUCUUGAAGAGCACCCUCAUCAAGGCGGGGAACAGAUUUGGCGUUGGGAGCGGAUGGCUUGUCCCCUUCACAAGCCCCAGCACCCGCGAUCUCACCACCCAGCUCUUCCACAGCUCCGUCGUCCAAAACGAAAUCCUCUUUUCCUCAGACGGCCUAACUCUACUCACACUCGACCGCCUCUACAGCAUCAAGAGCGCUCUGUCAAGCUACUCCAAAACAUCCUCGGCCUUGCGCCUCGAAGACGCCGUCGACGAGCUUCGCCGCUAUGUCCUCGCCAACAACGGCCGAAAGGUCACUAGAGCAGACCUCCUUCGGUCCUACGACUGGCUCAGCGUCAGCAACACCGCCAUCACUGAGCUCGACCGCAUGUAUCGGCGAGCUUACGGUGGUGCAGACCGUGUCGGCGGUAUCGCUGGCAUGCCUCUAGACCGUCCGCCCCAACCCUUCGUGCUCCAUCUUCCUCCCAAGAAUAAAUUCGUCGAUGACUGGGAAGACGGCGCCAUCAGUCCCUCGAGCACGAUCCUCGACGAGGGCAUCGUCAAGGUCGCCAUGACGGCCGUCAAGCUCUCCCGGCCGCCGACACCUCGCAGAAUCGGUCCCUCUCUGAAGUUGCAGACCGACUUCACACCCAAACCUGAACCCCCAGAUGAAGAAAAGGCAAUAGUAGUAAAGCCCAACGACUCCGAUGAAGAAGUCCACACGGCACGACCUAUUGAUCGAUCCAAUGCUUCAAUGUGGAACAGCAGGUUUACAAUCGACCAGAUGCUCAGUCCGGCCACCAACCAGGACUUGCAAGCUCACUCACCCGCCAUAGGGCCCAUGACGCCUCACGCAUACGACGAUAUAUCGCCCGUGACGCGCGGAGAAUGGGGCUUCCUCAUGGGCGGCAACGGACUGAACAUAGGUAAAACAGCUGCGGUGGAAACCUUCUGA